UGAUUUGAAAAUCAAAACUAAAAAUUAAAUAUUAUGCACAUUUCCAAGACUAAAGUGGUAGUGAUAAAGAGACCGAACUGUCUAGUCCCUUCCACUUCAGUUCACCUGAGUCUUUUCAGUUUCUCUCUUCUGUGAUCGUUCUUCUUCUUGUGACUUGUGAGUAUCUCUAAACAGGUUCUUGAGCUGAUAAAAGAGAUGUCUUACGUUCCACCACAUAAACGACAUGAAAAUGUUGCAUUGAGAGCAUCCUCUGUACCACCUUCUCUUCUUACAAAGCUCAAUAAAAACCUCGGGAGUACUAAUACAAAGAUAAUCUACGCAAACGAUUGCAUUUCUAGAUGGUUUCUCGUUGGUUCAGAAUCAGAGGACAAUAACUUUCAACUUGUGCCCGUUUCUUUAAAGUGGAGGAAAGACGCAGAAGAAAAAUCUUUGGGAAUCUUAGUGAAGAGUGAUUUUGGAAAACAGGAAACUCCAUGGUUAUGGGUGACAGAGAAAGUGGAGGAUGAUCUUAUAAAGGGGUUUGAUAGGGCAAAGAAGACGUUGCUACGUUACGGUGGAUCAGAGGAUGUCAAACUCAGACUGAUCGCUCGAUUUGAUACUCUAAGAGAUGGUCCGUUAACUAAAAGCACAUUGGAAAAUUUGAAGAAAACGUUUCGUACAAAUGUCCCAAAGUCUUACGUUGAAAACGUUAGGUAUGGAGUUGUGCACAAAAUGAGAUUUUGUGUUGAAGAAACCAAAGAGUUGUAUCACGUGAAGGUCGCAGACAACACUCGUCCUGAUGUAACCAUCUCAUGUAAAUGUUUGGCGGAGCUUAAUGCUUUGAGGCACUUAACUCUUGACGUCUCAUGCCUUGAUCAAGAUCUUGACAUGAGGUUGGUGGUUGACUCAAAAGGGACAUUAACCAAUCUCUCAGAGAAUGAGAUUAAGAAUCUCAAAGAAUUGACUGAUUCAGCGGUGAUAGAUCCAACUGUGAAAGGUGGGUUAAAGUGGCCACUUGGGAAAUCUUCUUGUGCGGAUCGAUAUAGAGUUUGUGGUGUUUGGCAUACUGUAACUACUACGUACAGAAACCAGACUCUGAGGCUUCAAAUCCGAGAGGCUGAUCGAUAUGAUUUCCGCACAGGAAUUGGAGGAACCUCAAGUGAAGUGAAUUUCAAAUUGAAAGCCUUAAAAAGUAGUAUACUACUAAAGGAGGAAGAUGUGGAGAGGAAAUGUGUUACAGACAUGCUGAAAGAUUGUCUGAAAGCAGUUUGGGAUUACUUUCUGAAAGAAGUGUAGUGUUACUCACUUUGUUUUUGGUGUGUUUCUUUUCAGUUUGUUCUACUUACUCCAAACUUUGCUUCUUUUUCAUAGUUUGUUUCAUCUAAUUUGUGGCAAUAUCUUUUGGAUUGGAAAAAGUAUUUGAUAUAUUAAUAUAUUAUCGUUUAGAUU